GUUGGCAAACACGACUUUCCGACUAUAUAAAUUCAACGUGCGCGAGUGAAAAGUCCUUGCUAAUCCUCCCCGGAAUCAUGAUUUUAAAAGACAGUGUUGUAACCAUAAACUACCCUCUUCAACUCAAAAAGGACCACAUAGUCUUCUCAAUUUUAAAUUAAAUUCACUCGAAUACCAAUUUGCAUCCAUUUCAUUUUCCAAAUACAAUUUAUAUUUCCAUUUUUAAUUUACAGCCCAUCUUCUAUUUACACAACGAUUCCCAUUUUAUUCUUAAGAAAUACUGUCAACUUAGAGUGGAGUGGGUGCAGUGCAGUUUGAUGAAAAAUGUGUUUACUGUGAGUGUCUCCUGCAAAAAUGAAAUGUUCCGGCAUUGAGGAUAUUUUAUUUUACUCAAGUUUCAUCAGAGCUUUCAUCAUAGUACUUUCAUCCACAUUGGCAGGACUCUAUCAAGUCAGGAAUAAUCUAUCAUGAUGUCAUCAAAACUGCUAUAAAACAGUGAAAGUUAACUAUUUUUUCCUCACAAGAGUUGUAAUUUUCGAAUGGUUCAGAGGGGACACUUUUGUCACACUACAAAGCACUUUCGAAACUCUAAUUUCAAAAUACUUAUUGUUAUAUAACUCUGUGCCAAAAAUUGUAUGCAAAGAUUGCAUCAGGUAGAAAGUGGUCGUUAUCAGGUGGAGUUAUCAGUUGUAUAGCAAUGCAGCAUCGAUGAUCGAGAGGUCAGAUCGAUGAUGAAAGAAAAUCAGCUAAGGACAGACUCGUGAUACGAGUUUUAAACUCGAAGUGUCCUUUCGUGCGAAGAACAUGCGCGAGCUAGAGUGUAAUAAUUGGGACAUAUUGUCGACCUUGUGAGGAAGGUACGGUAACGAAGAAUCCGAUUCAGGCGGAAAAAUUGAGGAAAGGCGGAAGAACGUUCGCUGCUCUCGAAGACACACGCUGGCACGCAGGGGAAAGGACUUGAACAUCUCGAAGCCAUGAACCUCGCGCUGCAUGGAUUUUUGCUUCAGGUUAUCUUGUCGAUGAUUCUCGACUCUCAGCAUGGCUAUGGAUUGUGCAGCGCGGGGGAACCUGGCUAUUUGGACUUCGACAAUCUUCCGGAGACCAAUUUCUCGUGUCAAGGAAAGGUGAUUGGAGGAUAUUAUGCGGAUGUUGAGGCAGGUUGCCAGAUGUUCCACGUGUGUACCAUUGGUCAGAAAGAUGAAAUAAUGGAUAUAAAGUUCCUUUGUCUGAAUGGCACCGUAUUCGACCAGGAGACCAGAGUCUGCGAAAGGGUCGACGAGGUCGACUGCAGUAAGAGCGAAAGAUUCUACAACCUGAACCUAGAACUUUAUGGAAACAACGCCGUGACACUCAGUUUACAUGAAGAAGAAGAAGAUGAUGGACCUUCAGACUCUUUUGACGAUUACCAACAACGAACGUCUUCAUCGAGACCAAGUACAACAACCACAACAACCACAACGACCUCAAGACCUAGUCAAUCUUCCACGACACCUUCUAACAACAAUUACCAGCAUUCAACGGGAUACCCUCAACACUACCAACCUCAACCAGCUUUUCCGUCCGUUCAAACGAGUCAGUCAAAGUCCCUAUACGACGACAAGAAUGGUGGAUACCACCAUCAAUACAUUUUCCACAAUGACGAACGAAAUAAUAAUCAAGCCACAUCAUACCAGCUUUUUAGUAACCAGGGUGUCAGUUCUACUACACCAACUCCACAGGUGCACCAGGUCAGAUACAGCUCAACACCUCCUCAGGUCAUCCAUAAUGAGCCUUCCACUGUGACUCCCUUGUUCCAUACCUCAUCAACUAUUCAAACCUUACUGAAUAAUAAUCCUAAUGGACCUUCUAUCAUCAAUCCCAUUUUUCAUAAUCAUGGAAUUGCCAGUACUACUGAGCAGUACUCUGUGCACAAUACUAAUCCUAGGGAAACUCCUGAGUACCAGGAUAAUGAGGAAGAGUCUGAUGAACAUGAGGAACACGAGGAAAGAAGAAGGCUAGAGCCUAUACAGUCAACAAACAAAGGACAGGUUUCGAAAUUGUCGAUAUCACCCGUUCCUCAGCAGGAGCCAUCUCGGUCAGUAAUUCAGACCCAGAGCAGUCAGACAUCUCAACAACACAGGAUAUCCGUAAAUUUCCUGCCGACUCAGACGACGAUCCAGACAACUUCGAGAACAUUCUAUCCCACCUCUAGAACAUCUACGAAGCCUCAUAAAUCGUCUAACCAGCGAGUCAUGUUGCAACAUAUCCACGUGCAACCUCCACCUUCAAUACCAAAUUUAAAGCAUCAUCAAAUAACGAUUAAUCUCUCGCCACCAGAUAUUAAGAAAAUCGUACAAAAUCCACCUCCUCUUCUACCAUCUCAAUCCAGAGUAAUUGUCACUGCAAAAGCAAGUGUCAGUGAUGAAUCAGGUCGACCCCUUAACACGAGUCAGUUGAUAACCCUUCCUCUUCCAACCCUUCCAUCUACUUACGAUGAUUACCGGGAGGGAGAUGAAUCCUUCGAUCCCUUUUAUCGAGACGUGCCAAAGAUUCACAACGAUCACAGAAUCGUUGUUAGCAGUAGAUCCUCAAGAUCACCAAAGUGGAGAAUAUUGGUUCGGCAAAGACGAGAUACAAAUGGCAACACUCGCUACUACCGGAAAGUAGAAGAUGAGCAGUCUGAUGCAUCAGCCUUAGGGGUAUUUUCCGCAAAUCCUCAUAAUGACACGGAAAUCUCUUCUCUUGUUAAGAACCUAAGAAAGUUCAGGAAUAUUUUCUUUGGUGGAGACUUCGAUGAUUCGGAGGAAUAUGACAGACUGAAUGAUCCAAGUUCGCUUAGACCGAAGCUUAGUUCUGAUUUUGAGGAUCCUCCAAGACAUGUAGGAUCCGGUUUGAGAAGCGACAACUCUCAGCCUGAAGCAGAUCACGCAAGUAAAAAUGUUGGUUCUGCGGAUAGAGUAUCUCUUUCAAACGAUACUGAUGGUGAAGACUAUAUGGAAGCUGGUCUUAGAAGAAAUACUAAAGAGUAUUCCAAAGAUCGAGUUCAGAGAAAAUUAUCUACUACGGGCAGCAAGCCUCUGAUUAAUAGAAGAGAUUUAGAAACUGAAUAUGAUCAUAUUCAGAAUUCUACGUCUACAAACGUAAUUAAAGCUAAUGAGUCAGAGAUUGAAUAUUAUGAUUAUCAGGACGAAGAUUCUACUGAUUUAAAGGAUAAACAUUCUGAAAAUACAGGAACUACAACUGCUUCUGAUGUUAAAUCUAAAGAAUUAGACUUCGACUAUUAUGAUGAUCAGGUAGAGAAUUUUGAAACUGUGAAUACUACUAGAGCUGAUGUAGCUACUAAUACUAAUACUACUACUACUACUUCUACUGCUACUGCAACUGCUACUAAAGAACCAGAAGUGGAAGAAUAUGUUUAUGACACAGAUGAGUCAUUUUUAGAUGAUAUUUCUACAACGACUAAAAGUCCUAUACUUAAAGGAACUACAACCUCUGUGCAUCUUGAUUCUAAGAUAUUGGAUAUUGAAGAUGCAAAAUCAUCUAUUCAAAAGCUGAAUGAUAGAGUAGUUAUGGAAAAAGAUAGUCAAAAUAUUGCUGUAAAGGAAAAACCUCCAAAGGAAGUUCUUGAUAUAAAACAAAUUAUAAAUCAACAAAAAAUCCCGAACCCAAAACCAACUCCGAGUUUAAAAUCUACUUCGGAUUCAAAACCUCUUUCUGAUCCAAAACCAAAGGAAAGGGGAAGAGAGUCAAGAAGACAUUCCGGAACAUCUACCACAGCUGAGACACCAGUGAAGGACAAAAUAGAAACUCCCGUAGUUGAUACUGAAGAGUCAACAUUUGAAGAAAAGAAACCUGAAACUGAAUCAUUCAAGUUUGAAAUUAAAUCAGAAAAGUCUGAAGCCAAAGAAACUAAACCUGAUUUAUCCUUGAGUACGAAACCGCCUGAAGAAUUACUAGAGACAAAAUCGUCAUCAAAUCGAAAGAAACCCCAGUCUUUAGAAAGCGUCGGAUUUUUUGAAGAAGAGAAACUUGCAAAAAAGGGAAGAUCCAAAUAUCAUGAAGAAAUUGAAUCUUUACGAUUGCCUAGUAAAUCCAGACGUCGCAACUUGAUUAAGGGUAAACCUAUUCAGGAUUCAGAUUAUCCAGAGGAUGAAGGCUUGAUAGAUUACGAGGAAGAACGUCGUAUCCAAAGGCGGAAAAAAACUGGAAGAAUAGGUUCAAGGAGAAAAUCUAAUUCAAGAAUUAGAAGUAGACCCAAGGACUAUGACAUUGAGGAUUCUAUCAUCCUUUCUAGAUCUAGGAGUUUGUCAAAUAGAAAAUCGUCUUCUCGAGACAGGAGACCAGACCUUGAAAGGGAGAGGAAAAGAAUUUAUCAGGAAAUUGGAAGAAGAAGAAAGCCUAUUUCUGAAGAAUUUGAAACAGACAUUAAGUCAGAAGAACCUGAUUAUCCAAGUGAGGAUUAUGACACUUCCGAAGAAAUGAGGACUUCUUUAGAAGACGAUUAUUAUGACGAGGAUUUGGAAGCCAUUCAAAGAGAGAGAAAUGAAAGAGCCAAAGCUCGAAGAAAUAAGGGUCCAAGGUACGAGGAACCCCUACCUAGGUCAAAGUCAAGUCGUCGCAGAGAACAAAAUAAAAGAUUCAGAGAAAAGGAUUUGGAUUAUGAUUAUCGAGAAGUAGCAACCUUGUCCAGUCGAGAGGAUGAAAGUGCUCCUGGCUGGUCCUUAGAGUACCCAACUUCCGUGGAUGUUCCUGAGGAUUCACAAACCGAUACUAUCGAAAAAGAUUAUGCGGAAGAUUCAAUGGAUUACGAAGAUGUGACAACUUCAGCGGAGGAUCUCACGUCAGAGGAAGUGACUUCUUUAGAAGAAGAUGAAAAAGAAAUAACUGAAGAAGUUGCCGGAAAAACGGAAUCAAGUCUUCCUGAUUCAAGUAUUGAGGAAGGGGAUACUUCAGGUGUUUUGAAAUUUAUGGACGAAUUGCCUAAAGUGGAGCAAAAGGAUGAGGCGAUAGAAAAGGGCAAGGAAAGUCCGGUGAAAGGCGGAAAGGGAAGCUCAAUGAAGGACAUGCACGAUUAUGUUGAUGAUAAUUACGAACCAGAAAAUUAUAAACAUGAGGAUUUAAAUGAUGAAAGUGCGAAACAAAAUUCAAAAGAUGAUCAAGAACAGAACGAUAAGAAAAAAGAAGAGGUAGAAUUGAAAGAUGCAAAGAAAGCAGAUACUGGUAAUAAAGAAACAAACAAAAAUAAAUUCGAUGAAGAUACUCCGGAUGAAAUUAGGUUGAAUAAAACUAGCUUGGAUGAAACUAAAUUGAAUGAAAGUAGAUUGGAAGAAACAACGACUCCAACCCCAAUGACAACAACAACUCCAACGACAACAAUAACUCCAAUGACAACAAUAACUCCAAUGACAACAAUAACUCCAAUGACAACAACUCCAACGACAACAACUCCAACGACAACAACUUCAACGUCAAAAACUCCAACGACAUCAACAACAGCGAAGACAACCAGAGUUACUAGAUCCACUACAACAAAAGUCAUUGCUCGAACAACACCUCCCAAACUCUUCAAGCCCUUGACCGGCAGGAGGAAUUAUCUUUACAUUCCGCCACCCUCGACUCCAGUUCCUGUUGUAAUCAAACGAAGAAUUUCUCUCGUUAAUCCAAGACCUGCAAAACCUCCCAAGUCGUACAAUGAGCUGGCUCCAAAACCAGUGAUUCGAAAGAAGCUUCUAGAUGCGAGGAAGGAAAUCAUUGCGAACAUUAUGAGCUCUACGACUUCGAAAUACGACAACGAAACUGCCGACACAACUCUAGAACCCAUGACAGCUUCAGAAGUUUCCAAACUACAAAUUGAGGAUAAAUCCGAAUCUUCAGAAUUAAUUUUCACGACUUCAAAUCCUCCAAGUGAUGAUAAAGUAGAUUUGGAAAAUAAAACUGAGAUGUUGAAAAUAAAUGAUGAUAGUAAGGGAGAAAAUAAAAAGAAAAAAGAGCAAAAAGAAGAGAGGGUAGAGCAAAAUGUGGACGAAGAAAAUAAACAGGAAAGGCCAGAAGAUUCGAGAAAGACUUCUUCAACAUCUGCAACAAUCGAAAACUUUACAAGCUAUCCUUAUUUGCUCUCCAGAUUAUCGACUACGGCUACCUCUAUCGAAAAAAUAGAAACUGAUGAACCCAAGAAAACAAAGGAAAGCCCAACAGAAGUACCUACGACUUUGGCUCCUAUUGAAAUCGACACAAGCACCAAAUUGACAAAGUUCCGUAAGCCUGAGAAUCUAGAACCUCAUUCAGAGUCCACGAAAGCAGAAGCGACUCUCAUCAGGACAUCUCCGAACCAAAAAACUUCCAAGAGAACAACAAUGAAUGAUCCUGGGAGUCUGCCUGGAUCAUAUCAAGGGUUCAAUUGUAUCGGCAAGGAAAAGUAUCGCUUCUAUGGGGACAAAAGGGACUGCAGAUUGUUCCAUUAUUGUUCACCAGGAUUCACGUCUACGCAGGUCCUUGACUUCAAGUUUGUUUGUGAGCAAGGAACUUAUUUCGACGAGGCGAGUCAGAGCUGUAGACACGACUACAAAAAUCCAGACUGCACUGUGAGAAUUUUCUGGUGACCUGGCCCAGACUGAACUCUCGAUAGACAUUUCCAAUUCCGUUCUCUCGCUGGAGAGUGACCAAAGUGCGUUCCAUUCAUUUUGGUAUCUCGUGAAUCCUACAAACUGUGUAGCUGUAAGAUAUUUAUAUUUUAUUCAAUGGCUCCGUUUUUCGUCGGGCUCUUCGUCUCGUAAGCAUUGCCAUAACCCUCAUAUGUAUGUUUGAGGAUUCACAGUUAUUAAAAUUAAUGCGAGCUGCUAAUCUAUUUGGUGGAUUAGCUCAACGAGUCGUAUCGACUUCCGUCAGUGUUUAUGAUUCAGGAACGUCGAUGGAUUUUAAAUUAAUGUUAUAUAUAUAUAAAAUAUGGAGUAUUCCUUACUCAAGUGCGAGAUAAAGGAGAACGUCCACUUCCACUUCUGCAUCUACCACUUUAUAACGAAGGGAUCAAUUAUACCAUUUUCUGACGAUUAGAACAAUGUAUAUGAGAUGAUACCACUCAAUAACCAAAUAUAUUCAUUGUCCAAAGGACGGUCGGUUAGAAAGAGGUAUCUGAAUUACUAGUUUCUAUCCAUUAAAAGAUGAUUAAAUCCCUGCGUUAAAAAAAAUAAUAGAUGUAGAAAUUCCGGUCUUCUGAUAGAAGAUCUUAAUAUUUUUAUUCAUCGAAGUGAUGGAGUUAAAUUUAGAAAGGCGACCUUGUCGUCCUAAAAGUCAGACUGUUAUAUACGACGAAUCUAGAUGUCGAAAAAAAAUCUGUAUAUGUUAAAGUUUUCUAAAUACGUAGGGAGUCAAUUUGAGAUAUAUUUUUUAUACAAAUUUAUAAAAAGGAGACCAAAAGACAGAGUUAAAAAUCUAAUUUUGUCGAAGAUUUUUAAGAUUAUAUUUUUAUUAUAUUCCGACCAAGGUUUUGGGUCGCAAAACAAAAAAGCUCUCUAAUGUUAAGCUAAAAAAUUGUCCAGUGAUUAUCAUUCGAAGUAUUUUAAAAAGUAUAUUGAAACAAAAGGAAUGAGCAGAAUUAUAUAGAAUCUAUGAGAAUCCUACACUGUUUUUAACACGCAUAAUGAAAACAAUGCUCGAAUACUUCUGAGAUUAAACCCCCCUUUUUGGCUUUUAUGAAAAAGUUCCUGUUGAUCCUUGCCCUAGAGUAUAAGUAAGAAUAUUUAACACGCCACUUUGAAAAUCUUACAUUUAAAAGAGAAUUCAAUUCUUUUUUUUUAUUUUGUAGUCAGAUAUAGCUUAUACACCUAACUUCGAACUUUUGUAGAGACAAAAAUUCGGAGUACGACUCGCUUAGAUGUAUUAUUUUUGUUGCAGAAUAUAGUAUUUGUAAUUUUUGUACCGACUAAGGUUCGUCCUAUUGCUCAAGCGCACAAUCGAUACGAACGUAAAUUUACUUGGUAUUAUUUAUAAUAGGUUUUUUAAACGCUUUCACUUCUGUUACGAUUUCAUGCUUAAAUGUCAUGUUCGUAUUAAAAAUCAAGAGUGAAAUGUAGUCGCGAAAAUAAAUGUACAGAACGUACAACUCACAGCAAUUUUGGUUGAAUUACUAUUUAUUCAACCUUGUAUCAGUCGGUCUUCACAUAGUUUUUAGUAGGUCUAUUUUAGUCGAUAUAUAUAUACGCCGAUGAUAAAGUGCAAUUCUAUUCAUAAAAGGUAUCGCGUAUUUACACUUUUCGCUUUUGUUCUUCAAAUUAAUAAUUGUCACAAACUCUAUAUUGAUAAUUAAUUAUGCGCAAAUUAUUAGUUAUACUUAAUUAAUUUGUGAUAUUUUUGAUAUAAAUUCGUUUUAUGAAAUUUAUAUUCAAGUAGGUUUUAUCCAGAAUUUUGAGUGGAUAAAUUAUUUGACUGUUGCAACUGAUUCUGCAAUUAUCUUGACUAAAAUACUCAAAUAAGAUUAUCUUUUUGUAAUUUAAUUUUUUGCACUUACAUGGCAUGUAGAUAAUAUUUAGUGAAACAACUCAGUAUAAGUGAUUUUGUAAAGAUUGAAUGUAUAUUUGUAUAUUUUAUCGCCUAUUGCGUUUCAUAGUCAGCAUCCAUUUUUCAAUCUUUCUAUCAACAAAUAAAGAAAGAUUUAUGAGUGUCACAAAUUAUUAAACCAGAGAGAAGUUUCUCUCUGAUUAAACUGUGACAUGCAAUAUUGUCAUGCCUAAAGCGUCCACUAGAUAUUUAGUUUAUGAUUAAUAACGUGAAAAAGUGCUGCUGCAUGAAUGUGUUUCUUUUUAUUUCUAAAGGUUUAAAGAAUCAUCCAUAAAUUAGGUAAGAGUUUUAGGGGGCGAAGAAGGGGGGGUCUAAUAUUCGAAACCUUAUUACUCUUAGGCAAUUUAUGGAUGACCUCUCACAAAAUAUAUCAUUCCAAAAUAAGUAUGCAGGUUUUUACUUAUAUAAUUGCAGAUUUUUCCUUCUUUCUUAAUUCUCGAUUGAUCAAUCGAGAUUCAAGGUUUUUAAACUAUUUGCAAUUUUUUUAUUUAACUUAAUUCCGUGGAACGAGAAUGCUGAAAUGGAAGGAUGUAUGGCUAAUAUAUUUUUUAAGAUUCUGACGUAUAUUAUU